AUGGUGGCGGCGACCGUCAUCAUCGCCGUCGUCCUCAAGACUAAUCAUCUUUCCCCCCUUCUCUCCUCGCUCAGCCUCCCUCCGCGCUAUGCCCUCCUCCUCAAUCUGGUCAGAGUCGUCGCCGUCAAUGGAAUAAGAAUGGUCAAGCUCUUCCUUCCGCUUGAGAUAGAGACAGCGACCAGAAGCUUCCCAUCUCUUCCUAGGGAGGGCUUCUUGGUAAGGGAAUCAAGACCUAGAAUCUUUCAUCAUCUAAGGGGUUUGGUUAAUUAG